UAUGCUGACUUCACUGCAGUAUCCUGACUACAGGAUCACGGCUACCGCGGCACUGAUCGGUUUGGAUACUUAGCGAGAGACAGCGACCAGACCCUCCCUCUCUCUCUCCCUCUAUUCUCCUCCUCUUUCACAAUCUCUCGUGUCUCACUCUGCUGUCGUAGACUGCAGGCUGCACGAGCUCAGUGAGUCCUUCUUUCUCUGUCCUGCUGUCUCACUCAGCGUUUCAGGAACGGAAGCUGACUCUUCUGCACUUUUCUCUGCAUGACUGUCACAAAGAUGUCAUGGCGGCCGACCUACCGGAGCUCCAAGUUUCGAAACGUCUACGGCAAAGUGGCCAACCGAGAGCACUGCUUCGAGGGCAUCCCGAUCACAAAGAACGUCCAUGACAACCACUUCUGCGCGGUCAACGCCAAGUUCCUAGCCAUAGUAACGGAGAGCGCGGGAGGAGGAUCUUUCGUCGUUAUCCCAGUCACUCAGUUUGGCCGUAUCGACCCUCACUAUCCAAAGGUCUGCGGUCACCAAGGCAAAGUGCUGGACAUCAAAUGGAAUCCUUUCCAUGACAACAUAAUCGCUUCUUGUUCAGAGGACUCUUCUGUGCGAAUAUGGGAGGUUCCUGAUAGUGGACUGAGAAGGAAUUUGACAGAGUCUGUAUUAGAACUGUAUGGCCACAGCAGGCGUGUGGGGCUCAUAGAGUGGCACCCAACCACUAGUGGGAUUCUCUUCAGUGCUGGCUAUGACUACAAGAUCCUCAUUUGGAAUCUUGAGAUUGGAGAGCCAGUGAAAAUGAUUGACUGUCACACCGAUGUGAUCCUCUGUAUGUCAUUUAACACAGAGGGCAGCCUGCUGGCCACCAGCUGCAAGGACAAGAAGCUCCGCGUCAUCGAGCCCCGCUCUGGCAAAGUGCUACAGCAGGAGGCGAACUUUAAAAACCACAAAGUGAACCGUGUUGUGUUCCUAGGCAACAUGAAACGACUCCUAACGACAGGUGUGUCUCGCUGGAACACACGCCAGAUUGCUCUCUGGGACCAGGAGGAUCUGUCCAUGCCAAUCAUUGAGGAGGAGAUUGACGGCCUAUCAGGACUGCUUUUCCCUUUCUAUGAUGCAGACACACAUAUGCUCUACUUAGCAGGCAAGGGUGAUGGGAACAUCCGGUACUAUGAGAUCACCCUGGAGAAACCCUAUCUGCAGUAUCUCAUGGAGUUCAGGUCCCCUGCACCACAGAAAGGGCUCGGAGUGAUGCCAAAGCAUGGGCUGGAUGUAGGAGCGUGUGAAGUCUUCAGGUUUUAUAAAUUGGUGACUCUAAAGGGCCUGAUUGAGCCAAUCUCUAUGAUUGUACCUAGAAGGUCGGAGACAUAUCAGGAGGACAUUUAUCCCAUGACUCCUGGGACAGAACCUGCUCUGUCUGCUGAUGAGUGGCUCAGUGGAAUCAACCGAGGUCCGGUGCUCAUGUCCUUAAAAGAGGGCUACAACAGACCAAACACGCUGGUGUUCAAGGCUCCUGUGAAGGAGAAGAAGGGUGGAGUGGUCAAUGGGAUUGACCUGCUAGAAAACGUGCCUCCCCGUACAGAGAAUGAGCUCUUGCGGAUGUUCUUCAGGCAGCAGGAAGAGUUGCGGCGACUGAAGGACGAACUUACGCAGAAGGACAUUAAGAUUCGACAGCUUGAGCUGGAGCUCAAUAACAUAAGGAACAGCCCAAAUAUCAACAACAAUAACAACAGUAGCAGCAGCAGCAAUGGUAGCAGCAUUUGACAUUGGAUCUGUGCUGUGUCUAUUGAUUUCCUAAAGUGACACACUAUAAGCCCUGAGCGCUGCUGAAACACACAGGCUUCCUUUUGCCUAAAACUCCAAUAUUUCUCCUUUAAGACCACAGGAAAGCAAGCGCUUGUCUUCAUAAAGCAGUGUUUCGCUCUGACCCCCAGUGUUGACCCCACAGCUGCUGUGUACUAAGUCGACUUUAUUGGAGUGAUGAUUCACUAACCCUGUGAAAACGGUCCCAUCACGUGACCUUCAGUCAUACUGUCGGUCUACCUGCAGUGGAUUGAUUCUUUCUAGGGAUUGUUUGUGGUACACGCUAUUCAUUGCAUUAUCAUCUCAUAAUUGUAGACUAAAUUUAAUUAAUAGAAUUAUUUAUUUAUUUUUUUUUUCUUUGUGCUACUUAGCCUCGUUCUGAACAGAAUAUUAAGCUCCAUAUAGAGAAGAAACGUGUUUUAAUAAUGUCAAACAGACGUGCUUCACCCAUCAAGCUGUUAUCUCAUGUAAACACUAGGUCUAUUGCAUCAUUUUGAUAUGACCCACAGUGCUUUUGAUGUAGAAACUCAAACACCACAGUGCAGUAAUCUUACACGGCAGAUGAUAUUUAUCCAGCUGACAUGCUCCUCAGUCUAGAAGUGUUGGGUUUGUACUAAUAGCUUCACAUAAUUUCGAUCCUUCUCACACUGUGCAAUGUGAAAUAUGUUCAAAUCAGUUUAUAGAGGCAAUUCAAAUGGGUUUUUACGUUAAACUUAAGUAUACAUUUAGAAAAAGUACACUUUGCACUAGAUGAAAACAUUCAAAAAGGCCACAAAUUGUAAAAUCCAAUUAUGAAAUGAAUUAGUAAUAGAUGUAGUUUUAGAGACCUACACUGUAGUUCCAUAGGAAAGGAAAGUAAAGAGGACGUGAGAAAAAGAAAGUUCAACAAAUUAAAGAAUGAAAGACAGAAAUUGUUGCAUUUUUGAUUCAGUAAGUUGAAUGAAUGGUAUAGCUACUUCAUUUUAAAGACUGACUGAUUUAUAAAGCAUCAUGAAGCAUUGUUACUUUUUUUUAAACUAACAUUUAAAUCAAACCUAUUUAUUGAUUUCCGUUUUCAGUUCAUACCUUCAAGUGAAAUGUUUCAAGUUUUCAGGUUUGUAGCUUGUAACCAUGAAUUUACUGUAUCCUUUCCGUCCUGUAACAUUCAAAUUAUUGACCAUUUUAAACAAAUUGCUUCUUAGAUGGGAUGUAAGCUCUUAUAAUGUGCAUUGUAUUUAGCUUUGAACUUUCAAUGUAAACCCUUUCAAAUGUUUUAUUGCAAAGUGGACAAAUUCCUUGUGGGCAAAUAUCUUAUGCGCCACCGCCACGAAACACUCCAGGUGUAGUCACGCUCUUCAGUGCGCGCAAAACAUUUAUUUUGGAGGGACAAACUGGACGUUUUUAAAGUUGAAUGGCACAUUUACUCGACCACCUAUGAGCUGAUGUGUUCAGAUGUUAUUCAUUUUAAAGUAUAUAUUCAGGUCCCUAAAUGAAGUAGUGGUUAUAAAUAACCUCGCUCGACCAGCACGAAAAGGAAAGUGUGAAUUUAGCAAGUGAGUGUUUGACAUUUUCCUGCUGUCGCUAUUUAAUGAAAACAAUAUGAGCCUCAAGCUUUGUAAAUAUUUUACUUCAUAAAACAAUAACACAAAC